AACUGUCUUCUCCACGCUGUUUAUUAGGAGGGUAGCGUGUGUGUGUGUGUGUGCGCAUUUUACUUUCUCUCUUUGUUUUUUAUCUUUAAUCAUGGAGAAAAGAGGCACAAGCUCCUUCGGGAAGAAAUGUAAGCCCGUGAAGAUGAAAGAUGGCGCCGACCCUGUCAAAGAUUUCGAGAAAUGGAGGAAAAGAUACAACAAGACCAAAGUACAAGUUAAGCGAGACAGAGCGAAGAGGGAGGUUCCUGAGUGGCAGGUCGAACGGGAGUACAUCGACAGGCUAGUCAGCAGGUACGGCGACAUUAACACCAAGGAGAUUGUCAAGUUUUCCGACUUUCCCAUUUCAAAGAAGACCCUGUUAGGUCUGCAGGAGGCUCAGUACAGACAGCCCACAGAGAUCCAGAGACAGACCAUCAGCUUCGCUCUGCUCGGUAAAGAUGUCCUCGGCGCAGCUAAGACUGGCUCUGGGAAGACUUUGGCCUUUCUCAUACCGGUGCUGGAGUGUCUGUACCGCCAGCAGUGGAGCUCCAUGGACGGCCUCGGUGCUCUCAUCAUAUCCCCCACGAGAGAACUCGCCUACCAGACCUUUGAAGUCCUCCGCAAGGUGGGCAGGAACCACGAGUUCUCCGCGGGGCUCAUCAUCGGCGGGAAGGACCUCAAGAGCGAGUCGGAGAGGAUUCACCGCACCAACAUUGUCAUCUGCACCCCGGGACGACUGCUCCAGCACAUGGACGAAACGGCCACCUUCCACGCCUCUAAUCUCCACAUGCUAGUUCUGGAUGAGGCGGACCGCAUCCUGGACAUGGGAUUUGCCGAUACAAUCAACGCCAUUGUGGAGAACCUUCCGAAGUCCCGACAGACGUUGCUGUUCUCUGCUACACAGACCAAGUCGGUCAAAGACCUGGCCCGGCUCAGCCUUAAAGACCCAGAGUAUGUGUGGGUUCACGAAAAGGCAAGGUUCAGUACGCCGGCCACCCUGGAGCAGAGCUAUGUAGUGUGUGAACUCUAUCAGAAGGUCAACGUGCUCUACUCUUUCAUCAGGAGUCACCUGAAGAAGAAGAUAAUUGUCUUCUUUGCCUGCUGCAAGGAGGUGCAGUACCUGUUCCGGGUCUUUUGUCGCCUCAGACCUGGCAUGCCCGUCCUGGCUUUGCAUGGUAAACAGCAGCAGAUGAAGAGAGUGGAGGUCUAUAGGGACUUCCUCAAGAAGCAGAACGCCGUGCUCUUUGCCACCGACAUAGCCGCCAGAGGCCUUGACUUCCCUGCCGUCAACUGGGUGCUGCAGUUCGACUGCCCGGAGGAUGCAGACACCUACAUCCACAGGGUGGGCCGGACUGCCAGGUACAAGGAGGGGGGAGAGGCCCUACUGCUGCUGCUUCCCUCAGAAGAGAAGGGCAUGGUCAGCCAGCUGCAAGAGAACAAGGUUCCCAUCAACAAGAUCCAGGUGAACCCAGACAAAAUGCAGAAUGUUCAGCAGAAGCUGGAGGCCUUCCUGGCCCAAGAAAAUGAGCAGAAGGAGAGAGCUCAGAGGUGUUUUGUUUCCUAUCUGCGCUCUGUCUAUCUGAUGAAGAACAAAGAGGUGUUUGAUGUCUUUAAACUCCAGAUUCAGGAGUAUGCUGUUUCUCUGGGUCUUGCUGUGGCUCCGAGGGUGCGCUUCUUAAGUAAAGCUCAGGCACGGAGAGCAGAGAAAGAAGCACAGCAAGAGGAGGAGCAGUCCAAAGAAGAGGAAGAGGUGAGGAGCUUUAAGGCCCAGCUGAAAGGAAACAAUCGCCGUGAGGAAAGUCAGAGCUCUGACUCAGAAGAUUCAGUCGAUGAUGAGGAAAGCGGGAAUGAAGGGGAGAUGGAUGAGUCCAAGACACUGCUUUUGGUUGCAGAUGGCAUUGAGGAUGAUGAUGAGGAGGAUGAUGAUGAUGAUGAUGAUGAUCUGAGAGACUUGGACCUGCUGACAGUCAAAAGAAAAGAUGUCUUCAAUUUGACGGGGGAUGAGGAGACUCUCAAGGAAGUGGUCAAAAAGAAAAUGGACAAACAGACAAAGUUCAAAGAAGCCAAAAAGGUCCUCAAGCGAAACUUCCAAGUCAACACCAAAGUGGCUUUCAGUGAAGAGGGUGAGGCUUUGCAGGUGUGGCCUCCAGUUCAACGGGCAGUGACUGGUACAGAGGAGGAAGAGGAUGUUUCAGGUAUCAAUGUGGAAAAGGCCAGGGAGAGGCUAAGACGUGAGGACCAGGAGUUUGACAAGCAGGAGUAUAGUCGCAAAGUGAAAGCCAAACACAGGGAGAGGAGGCUGAAGGCAAAGGCAGCCAGGAGGGAGGCCAGCAAGCGGCCCGGACAGAAAUCGGACGAGGACGCGGAGGACGAGGUGGUGGCGUACGUAGCCAAUCACAGUGAAGACGAAUUUGACCCUAGCACCCUGCCAGAUCCUGACAAACUGCACUCGUCGGAGGAGGAGGAGGAGGAGGAGGAGAUGAUAACGUCAGACAAACGGCAGCAUAGCAGUGAAAGCAGUGAUGAGGAAGAGGAUGUGCUCACAGCAGGGAAGAGGAAGAAAGCGAGGCAGCAGAAUAAUGAGCAUGCAGCCCUGGACACUGGUCUCUCUCUGGCUGAGGAUGAGGAGUUAGUCUUACAUCUGCUAGCAGGGCAGAGGUAAAGAAAACACAGGGUUUUUCAAACAGUAUGAACUGGUCAGUUGAAGUUCUAACAGCAGAGUCAGUAAUUAAAUAAAGAGAUGUAGGAUUACAGAAGUCUGAUUUGUGUUCACAUUUGAAAAGAGACAACAUUUAAAGGGGUACUCCAGCAUUUUAGUUUUGCAUGUCCAGAAAGUUGGAGGACUCACAGGAGACAGAUUGUAAAAAGAUGGUGCAAAGUGAGCAUCAGAGUGCGAUAUCCUGACUUUAGUGUAUAGUAUAGAUAAUAAUCCUACAACUCACAUAGUGCAACCAUCUCUUCAUUAAACCUCCUGAACACUUGACUUUAAAUCAUGUGUUGUAACAUAAAUAAAUUUGUCUAUACAGACAUACACGAGUAAUAAGCAACAAAUAAAGUUAUAUAACAUCUUUAAGUUUUUUUUUUUUAACAUUUCUUUUUAUUGAACAUUUUAACAUACAUUCUACAUACAACUGGUACACAAUAACUUUUUUUUUCUCAAAUGCAUUAUCUUUCAGUUAAACAUGACACCCUCAGUCUUUUACUUUGAAUCAAAAUAAAGAAUAACUGUACCUAUUCAUAUACACAAAUAAAAUUAUGCCCAGAACAUAGUAGUUAUUAACAUUCUACCAUACAUUUUGGCCAGUUAAACUAACAUAGUUUUACCAUGUUAACAGUGUAGCGAAUAUAGUAGAAUAAAAUUAAAUAAAAGGAAACAAAACAUUUCAACUUCUGUAGCUAUGAACUAGGGUUUUUUCCCCCGAUGUACAUCUCAUAAAGUCUGACCUAGUUGGUUUUAUGUUCUCGAUCCAGUUUUCCCAAAUUCUUUUAAAUCUGUCCACCUCCAGUCUCACAGAGAAAGUUAACUUUUCCAUCACAUAGGCUAUUGUGUAUUACCUCAACCGAGUCCUCAGCCUUAGGUACCUCAUUCUUCAUCCAUUAUCUGGUAAUCCAUUUUUUGCUUGCAAUCAACAUUAUUCUAUAAAUAUGUUUGUCCCCAAAUCUUGUCAAAUCUAUGUCCAGUUUCCCCAAGUAUAGUACCUCAAUUGUAGGUGGAAGGUCCACCUUCAGUAUUUUAUCCAUACGCUUUUUAAGCUCCUGCCAGUAGCUGCCAAUGGAGGGAUGGGGACCAGGCGUUAGUCCGACCUCCCAUAGGUCUGACUACCCAUAACUCCGACUACCCGCUAAUCCGACCAUGCAGGUCUAUGGCGAGUUUUAUCCUUUUAGUCCCAUAAUGUUGACCGCCCAUUAAUCCGACCAUUUUAAUACCAUUAUUCCUACCGUCAGAUUUCAUACCCAGUAGUCCGACCGCCCGUUAUUCCGACCACAGCACUUCCAACAUGAAGCAGUCUGUGCAUUUCUCCCUCACUGCGCCGGCACGGACUGUGGUGUUUAUCUCAUUGACGGGAAAUCACAUCCAUCUGCUAUAUGUGACGUACAUGCCCUUAUUUGGAUAAGACAUCCUGGUAUUGCCCACACAUAAAGCCUAUUGACAGUGCGAUGCCCUCUAGCUGCAGAUGUAUAUUAAGCAUUAAUCCUUCUUGCAGCACGUCUACAAGUAUUUUGUUAGAGAUAAACCAUCCAUCCAUCUGUCUGUCAUCUCACCUGUACUAACGUUUUGCCUAGCCUUGACCAGCGAAUUCAUCAGCUUGUAACAAUUCGCCAACAACAGAAACUGAGGCUUAUGUCACAACACUACUUUUACAGGUCACGGAAGGCACAGGUUCACGGUGCCAAGCUGAAACCCCUGAUAUAACAUGAACCCCCCCAAAAAACGUAACUCUUAUGCUUUCAAAAUGCAGUAAUAAAUUGUAUAAAAACGAAAAGGACGCGUAUGGUUAGUUUAACUCAACAACUUUAGUGUAAUUAAAUUAAAUCAAACUCAAAUUAACACGUGUCUGGCUCGGACGAUUCACUCAAUUAACAGUGUGUCACGGCGAUACAGAAAACAAAUAACCCCACAAACAAUUCCCCUUGAUAAAACACAAACCCAAUGUCCUUCCACAAUCCCUAAAGUCUCUCUCAGUUCCUCAGAAGACCAAAAGAAACAAAUGUCCACUCCGAGGUAAAAAACAAUAAUCCACAAAGAGGAAGGAAAAAACAGGCGGCGGAGCGUGGCGGGAAAACAAAAGAAAAAGAUUUUUGCCAAUGUUCACCACAUCAGUCCCGUUAGCAGAUGCCGGUCAGUCUUGCAGCAGUCCAGCGGAACAAGGGAAAAACAUUUAAUCCUCACGGAAAAAUCUUCAGGAGCUGAGCUGACAAGCAGACCUAUCCCAACGCCGACAUGACCUCCAGAAACCACCCCGUUUCACCCCGUCACUUCCCCUUAAGUAACCUCCCAGGUGACCGAAACACUAGUGAUGGUGAGAUGAAGCCUCAUGAAGCAUAGAAGCUUUCCAGCAAAUUGGUUCAGAAAAGGGUUCAUUUCUCGAGGCUUCAUGUGCACACGAAACCACCUGCUGGCCAAAGUGUGUAAAACAGGCAGCUGUGAUCUUAACCAUGUAACCUGUGAUACACGUAUUUUGUGUCAGUAACAGCUGUUGGGAAUGACUAUUAAUAAUAAUAAUAAUAAUAAUAUUCUUUUUAUCAAUAUAGUGUAUUUUCUAGUGAGUAUAUUAUGACUAUACUGUAUCAAAUACAUCUACAAUAAACUGUUAUUGUUUUGUGAAUG